UAACAGGAUACAUGAUUGUACACUCUUUCGACGUAAAAAAUAGUUUAUAUAAAAAAAUUUCCACCUUCCUGCAAAACCCUAGGGUUUCGGAAUCAGCUUUUUAUGCCAACGUCGUCUUAUCCAUGAAAGCUAGCAGCUUGUUAGUUCAAAUGCAUAAUCUACCAGGCAAAAUCCUCAUAAUAUCUUAAUCCUUUUUGCAGGAAGAAGAAGCUGAGAAGCCAUAUCCUGCAAGUAGAUUUAAUCACAGAAGACUGGUCUGUGUGAAAUUUUAAUAAAGAAAUACUAUCGAGAAUUUUUUUUUGCCCAUUUUCUUAAGUUUAUCUAGGUCAGAAAUGGACUUGCUGGGAGACUCUGAUGGUGAGGAGAAGGGUUUCGGAGAGAUUAAGGUGAACAAAGCCUAUGCUCAGAGAUUUGCGCAUAAUAAGCAGCGGGAGGCGCUUCACAGAUUGCAGGAGCUGAAAAAGAAGGGCUUAGGCGGUGAUUCUGAUGAGGAAGAUUCCUCUGAAGACGAGGAAGAAGAUGAGGAUGGGUAUAUUCCAGAGAAGACGGAGCUACAGUUUUAUGAAACCCUAGCCAAAGUGAAAAGGAAAGACCCGUUAAUUUAUAAGAAAGAUGUAAAACUAUAUGAUGAUGACGAUGACGAAGAAGAAGAAGAGAUUGACGAGAAGAGAAACGAAGCAGGCAAAAAGAAAAAGGCGCUGUAUUUGAAAGAUGUUGUGGCUCAGCAUUUGCUGGAGAAUGGGCCUGAAUUUGAUGAUGAUAAUGAAACCCUAAAAAAGGUUAAAAAGGGGGGUUCAAAGAGCUACGCUGAAGAGCAAGAUGAGCUUAAGAGGGCUUUUUUAAUGGGUGUCGAGGAUAAUGAUGAUGAUAGCGAUGAUGGAGGUUUGCUAACAGUGAAGAAGAAGAGUGCAGAGGAGAUUAAGCGCGAAAAGCAGGAGGAAGAGGAGGCUGUUAAGGAAGCACAGCAGCGUGCUAAGGAUGCAGAUAUUGCACGUCGGUUGGAUGACUAUUUUGGCAAGGAUAAUGAUUUGGAUGAUAAUGAAAGGUUUUUGAAGAGCUAUUUGUUGAAUAAAGGGUGGAUUGACCGGGAGGAGAAGGGGAGUUUGGGGUAUGGGGAUGUGGGGAUUUCGGAGGAUGAGGAGGAACUGGAGAAGCAGGAUAGGUUUGAGGCAGGCUUUAAUUUCAGGUUUGAGGAAGGGGCAGGUGAUCAGGUGCUGGGCCAUGCCAGGUUUACGGAGGGGUCAGUGAGGAAGAAGCCAAAUUCAAGGAAGCAGCAGAGAGAGAAGAAGAAGGAGAGAUUGUUGCAAUCUGAAUUUGAGAGGAAGGAGGAAUUGAAACAUCUCAAGAAUAUCAAGAAGAAGGAGAUCAUGCAGAAGCUUGAGAAGGUCAGACAGGUUGCUGGGGUAAAGGAUGAUGAGGGUAACGUGUUGGAUGAAAGGGACCUUGAUGAGGACUUCGAUCCGGAUGAAUAUGAUAUGAAGAUGAGAAAAGCUUUUGGAGAUGAGUACUAUGGUGCUCAAGAUGCAGAUGAGAACUUCGAGGGCUAUGAUGAAUUUGAUUCAGAGAAACCAGAUUUUGACGCAGAAGAUGAACUUUUGGGUCUUCCCAAAGGUUGGGAUGGCAGGGAAUCCAAGCAGGGUUUUGCUGCAGUAAGGGAAAAUGUUAAUAAACAUAAGAAACUGAAUCCUGAAAAUCCAGUUGAUGAAAAUUCUGAAUGGAAUUCAGAUAAGGGCAAGAUGGAAGCAGCAAUUGAUAGCAGUGAAGAAGAAGACGGCAAAGAAGAAGAGGAAGAAGAAGAAGAACAGGAAGAAGAACAGGAAGAAGAAGAAGAAGAAGAAGAACAGGAAGACGAAGAAGCUCGAGAGCAUGUUGAUGAUGUUGAGGAUAAUUCAGGGACUGAAACAGAGGAAGCUUCUAGAAGUAAGAAAAGGCACAAAGGCAGAAUUUCACUCAGAGAGAAACUGUUAUUGGACAAGCAGCUUGAAGAAUAUUAUAAGCUGGAUUACGAGGACAUGAUAGGCGAUCUUCCUACUCGUUUUAAGUACAGGGAAGUUCCAUUAAAUACCUACGGUUUAAGCACUGAAGAGAUUUUAAUGACAGAUGAUAAGGAAUUGAACCAGUAUGUUUCACUCAAGAAGUUAGCUCCUUAUAGGAGUGAAGAAUGGAAGCCUCCCAUGCACAAUAAAUUCAGUCAAAAGAAGAGGAAAAAAAUAGCUUUGCAUGAUGGUCAAUCCAGAUUUGCAAAGGGGAUGAAAAAGUUUAGCAGAGAAAGUAAAGGUGAGCGUAAUAAUGGUCGACGUUUGAACGGUCAUGAUAAUAAUCAUUCAGAAGAAAUAAAUAAUGAAAAGGAAAGCAAAUCCAAAAAGAAGAGGCGGCGCCAAAUGAAAGCUCCUGCUAUUCCUCGAUCUAGGCUUCUAGCAUAUGGAAAGGGGCCUAUCCGAAGAAAGAGAAGCAAAAUGUCAUGAAACAACGUUUAUCUGUUGUUGAAUACAAGUAAGCUACAAUUGGAUCGUAUAGGUUUGAUUUUUGAAAUGAGCUAACAAUAAUAUCUCCUUCAAAUUUGAUUUGUUUUGAUUGAGUCAUUUUUUCAAUGAAGAGAUGCAGAUAUCAUCGGCUAGCAUAGGGAAUUCUAAUUGUCAUUUGAUUUGCUCUCAUCUAAAUCUUCUUUUUUCUCUGCUUUAAUUAUAUUUUUUAAUGUAAACAUGGAGAGAUUGACAAGCACUGCAAGAAUGCUAGUCAUAAUUUAUGUGUGCUCACGAAUUAAUACAACUAUAUAGAAAUGGAGGAGAAUUUGAUUUUCUCA